GUGACAUCACAUGCACCGUGUCCCCAACUCAAUUCCAACGCAAGAGCGCGCCCACUUCUUCAAUGGUGUUCCGGUACAAUGCUGGAUUCCUGCGUCCGCCGCGCCCCAAGAACAUCCGUUCCCAUUUUUUUCGGCCCGCAUCUACUCCAUCUACCCUCCCGAGUCGCCUACAAACAUCUGUUCGAGUGUUUGCAUUUGUCGCCUCGGGAAUUGUUCUCACUGCAUACUACUUUGAUUCACGCUCAAUUAUUCACCGCCAUGUGUUUCCCCCACUUCUCAGGGCUUCACUAGACGCGGAGAAAUGCCACAGACUUGCUGUCAAAGCACUCGCGGGUGGCUUCGUCCCAACAGAUGAUCUGCCUGACGAUUCAAUACUUGAGACAGAAAUUUGGGGUCACAGGCUCCCGAGUCCUGUGAGCUUGGCCGCAGGAUUCGAUAAAGAUGCUGAAGCGAUUAAAGGGCUAUUCGGUUUGGGUUUUAGCUGGGUCGAGAUAGGAAGUGUAACACCGAAAGCUCAGUCCCCGAACCCAGCGCCUCGCGUGUUUCGUCUCGAAGAGGACUCCGCUAUCAUCAAUCGCUACGGCUUUCCCUCAGUCGGUGCCGCGCUUGUCGCCUCCCGAAUUCGGUCAUUUCUUUCUCUACGCCAUGAUCUGUACUCAUCCAGAAUUCUCGCCAUCAAUCUCGGAAAAAACAAAACGAGUGCUCCUGACUCCGUGGAUGAUUACACUGUUGGUGUUCGGACCCUUGGUCCCUUCGCGGACGUACUUGUUAUCAACGUCUCCUCGCCCAACACACCUGGUCUGCGCGGAUUGCAAUCCCCCGGUCUACUUAUUGAACUUCUCAAUGCCGUGAUUAAUGAACGUGAUCAGCUACCCAGACGUCAAGUCGGUAUGAAUGGCACCAAAUGGGAACGCCCCAAGCUUGUAGUCAAGAUUGCCCCUGAUUUGUCCGCAAACGAUAUUGAAGGGAUCGCAGAAGCUGUACGACAGAGCGGGAUCGAUGGUGUGAUCGUAAGCAAUACAACUGUUCAGCGACCCUCAUCAUUACUCUCAGCGCCGUCUAAGGAGGCAGGCGGUCUCUCUGGCCCACCCCUAAUGCCCCUAUCGCUUGCAGCUCUUCGAACUCUGCGGACACUUCUCCCAGGCUCAGUCCCUAUCUUCGGAUGCGGGGGUAUAUCGACCGCUGCUGAUGCCAUAACCUUCGCCGAAUCAGGUGCCACCGCCAUCCAACUCUGGACCUCCUUCGCCUACGAGGGAGCUGGCACACCAAGACGAUUGAAGGACGAGUUGACAUCUGAAUUGAAAAAACGUGGCCUCACCUGGAUGGACGUCGUACGCACAGGCCAGAGGAAGGCGGGAUCUGCAUUAAAGCAGCCUGUAGAAGACAUCCCCCUUGAAGAGAGAGAGGCUGUAUUCAAGGAGGAAUCUGAUACACUAAUGACAGAGGCCUUCCGGCUACAAGAGCUACUUCAGCAGGUUAACUCGGCGCUGGUGACGGACACCGCGCGGAUCCCGAAGGAUGGCCAGGGACUUAGAGCAUUGGAGAAUCGCGAAAUAGCAAGGGCAGUGGAGAGCGACGCUGAGUCCACGACUGCGGUGCUAUCAGCGAACAUAACCGCAGAUGAGUCCCUCACAUUAAAGGAGGGCGAAGAGGUGAAAAUGAUGGCCAACUCAACUUCAGAUGUUGUAAGAGGUCGGUUCUGAAAAGCAUAUGAUACACUAGAAAGGUUGCUUCGCAACCAUGACCUUGCUUGCACAUGACAUGGCGCUACUUUGCAACUAGUCGCAGCAUCGCACUCUAGUACUGACUUUAAGCAAUCAUGUCUUUCACAGUCGUGUUCACACGCAUAGCAAAAUAUAAUGAGUUGAACCAGCGUU